CUGGGUUACUCGGCACUGAGCCCGAUAUUAGAAUCGGUGUGCAAACAUGCAACAUUUCUGCAUAGACGGCUGAGCUAUCUUUUCUCUUCUCUUUGAGCUCGUGAAAUCUGCAGUUUAUCUCUUCUUGCCUUUCGUCACUUUCUCAUUUCCCGUUGUUUUUUGAUAAAGACGAACACUACUAUCACCGGUUUCUCGAGAACUCUGGACUUUAUCCGCAAAAAUACCUAAAGUUACCGAAACUAGAGUAUAAUGACAAUUGAAACUUGUGAUACUUUCCCAGAGGUCUUGAAGUUGCGGUGUCUCUGGUAAAGGGCGUCAAUUCGUCUACAGCCUGCCAUAAUGAAGCGCCAACAGGCGGCAGAACGAGCUCUGCACGAUCAGACCAACAUCCUUCCACGGGGGAAACUACUUGUUGUUUUCGCGGGUCUGGCAUCGUCGCUUCUAAUCUGUUUUAUCGACCAGAAUGGAAUCGGAGUUACACUGCCCACAAUUGGCCGCGAUUUGCACGCGGAGAACUCCAUCUCCUGGGCUGGAACAUCAUCCUUGAUCGCCAAUACCAUGUUCACAGUCCUGUAUGGCCGUCUGUCAGACAUCUUUGGCCGGAAAGUCGUAUUCCUGCUUGCGCUCGGGUUGCUGUGCUUUGCGGAUUUGCUCUGUGGUCUCUCGCAGAGUGCUGCUAUGUUUUACAUCUUUCGCGGCAUUGCAGGUAUCGCUGGUGGAGGAGUGACCUCCUUGGCAAUGAUCAUUGUCUCUGAUAUUGUCACACUCAAGGAUCGAGGAAAAUACCAAGGAAUUCUGGGAUCUUGCGUGGGAACAGGCAAUGUUAUCGGGCCAUUCAUUGCCGCAGCGUUCGUUAUGAAAUCAACUUGGCGUGGUUUCUUUUGGAUGAUCUCGCCCCUAGCUGCCAUUUCCGCGGUUAUCGCCUUCUUUCUUCUCCCGAACAAUAUGCGGAAGGACAGUUUGAAAAAGAGCGUUCGCAGAAUCGACUUUUACGGAGUCAUAACUUCCUCUAUUGGCAUCAUCUUCCUUCUGAUCCCCAUAUCCGGAGGCGGAUCUUAUUUCGAGUGGAAUUCCCCUCUGGUCAUUAGCAUGCUGACCAUAGGGGGAUGUUCGUUGAUUGCUUUUCUUCUCAUCGAGUGGAAAGUGGCUGCUCUUCCCAUGACACCGAUAAGUCUGUUCCGAAAUAAAGUCGUUUCGGCUCUCCUCUUCCAGAGCUUCCUGCUCGGAGCGGCAUAUCAGUCGUAUCUGUAUUAUCUGCCUCUUUACUUUCAGAACGCGCGUCAAUGGUCGGCUAUCGAAUCUGCGGCUAUGACUGUUCCUAUGGUGGCCUGUCAAUCCAUCACGUCGAUACUUACAGGGCAGUAUAUCUCCCGCCGUCAACGCUAUGGAGAAGUCAUUUGGACGGGCUUUGGGGUCUGGACACUUGGCACAGGCCUAACUCUUCUCUUCACUCGGACUACUAGCAAAGCAGUCAUUUGUGUCAUCCUUGCUCUAGUUGGCGUUGGCGUUGGCAACACGUUUCAGCCCACUCUUGUAGCUGUCCAGGCUCACUGCACCAAAUCUCAGCGAGCUGUUGCUAUCUCCAACCGCAACUUCUUUCGCUGUCUCGGCGGCGCAUGCGGACUCGCCGUCUCCGCGGCAGUUCUACAGGCAACACUCAGGGCACACUUGCCUCCAGGAUAUGAGAGUCUAGCGCGCGCCACGUACUCCGUACCGUCGAAAUCCAGUGUCCCACCGGAAGAUUGGGAGAGAUUGUUGGAUGCAUACAUGCAUGCAUCCCACUCGGUGUUUAUCCUACAAGUUCCACUAGUCGGGGCGUGUCUCCUGGCAUGCAUAAUUAUCAGAGACAGAGGUCUAGAAAGGCCGAAAGACCCAGCAGAAAUCGAAGCAGAGAUGGAAGCUAAGAGGAAACAAGAAGCUGCUGAAACCAGCGGCGCAAUUGUCGAAGACCAAGGACAAGAAGGCCCAGAAGCGGAUUUGGAAGCAGGUGAGGGAAAUGAAGCGAUAUCCUCGAGCGAAGACCAAUCCCGAGUGCCCUCGAAGGAAUUGUCUCGCAAUGCUGCUGAUCCAGAGAAGUUCGCAUAAUGGGCUUAGGAACGUAAUGGGCUUAAUGAUGAUACGGGUACAUAUAUUCUGACUUGUUCAUUGCUU